AUGUUCCACAAAAUGAGGCAAGCCUCCUUCUUGAGUGUCCUUGGUCUGUUUACAGUCCUGUCUGUAGCAAACCCGGUUGGACCCUUGGAAGCGAGAGCAGCGGUGCCUGAGGUUAACCUCGCCACCAAGGGCGAGGGACCCAUCGCCCAGUAUCGCAUUGUUGCGUUGACCUACCUAGGCAACAACGUCAUCCUCGCAUCUUACGAUGGCCGUCCCGACGGAGGAGAUUCCCCGUCUCCGAACUCCAUCCUGCAACGCCGUAGUACGGACAAUGGCGCGACCUGGGGUGAGCCCACCUACAUCGCGAAAGGCCAGAUCAAGAGUUCCACGGCCCUCCAGUAUGGCUUUAGCGAUCCUAGCUACAUCUAUGACCACAAGACUGGGAAGGUGUUCAACUUCCACGUGUUUUCUAAGGAUCAAGGCUUCAACGGCGGCGUCCUUGGCAAUGAUGACACCGAUCGCAACAUUAUCAGCUCUGAAGUCUCGGUCUCAACCGAUAAGGGUCUUACCUGGUCUACGGACCCUUCGAAUCAGCCUAAGCUCCCCCCGGUCGCCUCUAGCAAGGCCGGUGCUCCACCACUUCUCACCAAGGCAGUCAAGCCGAACGGUAGUACCGUGAAUGGAGUCGCCAAUGUGGGUGGUGUUAGAGCUAUGUUUGCCUCAUCUGGGGAGGGUAUCCAGCUCCGAUAUGGACCCAAGGCUGGACGCCUUGUACAGCAGUUUGCCGGAAGUGUCGUUCAAUCCGACGGUUCGAAGGUCAACCAGGCCUACAGCGUCUACAGCGAUGAUGGAGGUGCCACAUGGCAGAUGGGUAAGCCCAUUGGCAAAGGCAUGGAUGAGAACAAGGUGGUUGAGUUGUCGGACGGUACCUUGAUGGUGAACUCGCGCCCCGGUGAUGGAAGUCAACACCGCAUCAUUGCGCUCUCUAGUGAUGGUGGCGAGACUUACGGUACCCCCCGCAGCGAGACUCAGCUCCCCGACCCCGCGAAUAAUGGUGCUAUCACACGGGCCUAUCCUGAUGCUGCCCAGGGCUCUGCCGAGGCUAAAGUUCUGCUUUUCACCAACGCCAACAGCAAGACCUCUCGCGUGAACGGUACCGUUCGCUACUCUUGUGAUGAUGGAAAUACUUGGUCCUCUGGCAAAGUAUUCAGAAGCGCUACCACUUCGUACUCCACAAUCACUCCUAUUGGUGAUGGCAAAUUUGGACUGUUCUUCGAGGCCGCGAACAACGAUCUGCAGUUUGUUGCUCUUACCAAGGAAUGGAUUGGCAUUUCUUGCUAA